CUUGUUUCGGGUCAUCAUGUUUUGUCAUGAGAAGCCGUCAUGUGCCGAAAAGGUGCUACAUCAGCGAUUAUUUGACGCCGUGAUAAAUUAAUCGAUAUUUGCCCUUGUACUUCUCUGUAACCGGUUUAUUGCAAAUGACACUGAUAUAAAACGGGACUUUGAAAACCCCCACCGCUUGCAGUUUAGUGGAAUAACUUUAAUGUUGUUACUUUUUGGCUUUCGGGGCGCAUUUCACUUCUUUAAAGUAGGUCUGCCAGCAGAAUCCUCGGGGAGGCUGGUAUAUUACAAAUAUUUCAUUAUUGUAGCUCUCUACACAGUUUAUUAAUGUUUCAUUAAACGCAUUUCGUGCCGCUGAGUAGCUACUCCGCACAUGACGCGUCAUAUCUGGUCACGUGAGUAUUUUGACAGAGAAUUCAAAUUGAUUUUUCCCGGUUAUUAUUAAUAGUCAGUGCAUCACUUUCUCUUUCACUAUAGACAAUAGAGCACGUGGGCUGACAACUUCUCAGCGUCGGGAUGUCAUGGUUCUGCCUCUCAUACCUUCUCCCACCCCUUUCUACAGGCUGUGGGCAUGUUCCUCGGGGAGUUCAGCUGCCUGGCCGUGUUCUACAUCCUGCUCUGUCAUGACAGACGUGCCCCCGAGCCCAAGAUGAAUGCUGGCCAGCCCUUCAACCCCCUGCUCUUCCUCCCCCCGGCGGUCUGUGACAUGUUGGCCACGUCCAUCAUGUAUGUCGCCCUGAACAUGACCAGCGCCUCCAGCUUCCAGAUGCUGCGUGGCGCCGUGAUCAUUUUCACCGGGCUGCUGUCCGUGGCCUUCCUGAACCGCCGCCUCGUGGCCAGCCAGUGGGCCGGCAUCCUCAUCACCAUCCUGGGUCUGGUGGUGGUGGGCGUGGCGGACUUCGCCAGCGGACAGAGGGACGACACGCACAAGCUCAACGACGUCAUCACGGGCGACCUCCUCAUCAUCAUGGCUCAGAUCAUUGCUGCCGUGCAGAUGGUCCUGGAGGAGAAGUUUGUCUACAAGCACGACGUGCAUCCAUUGCGGGCCGUCGGGACUGAAGGACUAUUUGGCUUCAUCAUCCUCACCAUUCUGCUGAUCCCGAUGUUCUACAUCCCCGUGGGGGACUUCAGCAACAACCCCCGACGCGUCCUGGAAGACGCACUGGACGCCUUCUGCCAGAUCGGCAACCAGCCCAUGAUCGUGCUGGCGUUGCUAGGCAACAUCAUCAGCAUCGCCUUCUUCAACUUUGCUGGCAUCAGCGUGACCAAGGAGAUCAGUGCCACCACGCGCAUGGUGCUGGACAGCCUCCGCACCGUCGUCAUCUGGGUGGUCAGCCUGGCCGUGGGCUGGGAGCAGUUCCAUGGGCUGCAGGUACUGGGCUUCAUCAUCCUUCUGGCUGGUACAGCGCUCUACAAUGGCCUCCAUCGCCCCCUGGUGGCCAAGCUGCCCUGCUGCACCGCAGAGGAGAGCAGCAGCAGCAGCUCUGAGAGAUCGCGGCUCCUAGGUACCGGGGAUAAGGAAGAGAGCUAACCAUCUGUGGGACAGCAUGGUGAACGAGAAGCUGCUUCAAACUGCUGCCUGUCAGCCUGUCUGAAGGGACACCCUCAAUUUUUGUGUCAGGUUUAUGUCCCGGUUUAAUUUACAGGGAUUUAGAGGUAUCACAUACGUUUUUUUUUUUGUCAUGACAGUGUUCUUCUACAUAAGGGAAAAUGGUCUUUUUAAAUACAAAAUCUGCCACCUUGCCAAGUUGCAUGAAAAUAACACUAUUUCAAAACUGCAGUUUGGCAUGGUACUUCUGACAGAGAAAACUCUGACAUGGUAUUUUAACUGAUGCCAGAAAUGUCUUCAUUUUAACAAACUACAUCCAGAUCUGUGCCUUUUACCCCUAGUUACCAUGUUAUUUGUAGGAGAGUGUUUUGCCAUUCUUUAAAAACAGAAAUUUAUAUUUGGUUUGUUGAUCACUGAUAUUUCAGUGGCCGAGGCAUUAAGCAUAUCUUCCAAUUCACAUAUGUGUAUGUCUGUCUUCUAACUUCUUAACAUUUGUGUUUUAAUUGGAACUCCUUGUAAUGGGUAUUGAUGUCAUGAUGACAUCUCCAGGAUCUCUAAAGGUAAAAACAAUCCAGACACAAUAGCCAGAGUAUGAUUCAUGACUUGAGUAUCGUGUCGUGAUGAGAGUUAGUUGGGCCAGUAAUUGUAAGAUUAAGAGGAAUCGUUUUCUUUUUUUUUUAACAAACUGUGUGGCUCUAUGCUUUUAUUAGGACAGAACUGGUUUGUUGACACACACUUAGGGUGACUUUGCAUAUGUUGGCGCGUUGCUCACGAUGGGGGGUGUGGUGCUGGUCGAGAGGUCACAUAAUCAGGGAUCUCCCUUCCUUUAAGCCUUGGUGUGUUAAUGAGCUCCUAGACACUGAACUAACUCAGGCUCCCCGGCCCGCAUUCAGGAUAGUGCAGAGAUGAGCAUUUAGCUGUUGACACUGGGAGUUUGGUUUGGUUCAGUUCUGCAGGGAUGAUGUGGCACUAAACUGAAUCCAGUCAUGCAGUUUAAGGGCACAAUCCCCAGUGACUUCGAUUUAAAAAAAAAAAAAA